CAAUGCUCUUAGAUAAGAAUCAAAGAUCUUCACUGUUUGUUCAUUGGUUGUGUUUAUCAGUUUUUAUUUUAAACCAUUUUCUAGAGUUCUUCGUCAUGUCUGGUCGCGGUAAGAAGAUCGUUGCUGCAUCAGAGAGCAAGCCGUCUGUGUCGCGUUCGGCCCGCGCGGGCCUUCAGUUCCCGGUUGGCCGCAUCGCGCGUCUCCUGCGGAAGGGAAACUACGCUGCGCGCAUCGGCUCCGGGGCGGCGGUGUAUCUAACUGCGGUUAUCGAGUAUCUGUGCGCGGAGGUGCUGGAGCUGGCGGGAAACGCAAGCCGCGACAACAAGAAGCUGCGCAUCGCGCCGCGUCACAUCCAGCUGGCGGUGCGCAACGACGAAGAGCUGAACACGCUGCUGGGCGGCGUCACGAUCUCGGAGGGCGGCGUGCUGCCGAACAUCCAGGCGCAGCUGCUGCCCAAGAAGACCAAAGGUCCGCGGGACCCGAACACCAGCAAAGAAGUCCAGUCACAGGACUUCUGAUGCUGGGACUCUAUUUUUAGCACUUGACUGUGGAUGGGUUUUUAAUUUAAUAAAAAUAUAAUCUUUAAUGGUUUUAGGAACUAAGUUACUGUUUGACCUGCAUCACACCUUCUACAGGCUUUCUGAAGUCCCACAUGAAAUCUUAAAGGGUUACUCCACCCCAAAAUGAAAGUUGUCAUUAAUCACUUACUCCCAUGUC